AUGAUGACAUACCAGAUGAGAGCGGUUUACCCCCAGAACGCCACGGAUAUUGUUCUUGUCGAUUGCUCGCGCAAGCUCCUGGUGACGUUUCAAAUUUGCAUCCUCAACUUUGGCAUCUACAUCGGGAGCUCCAUCUACACGCCCGGUGAACUAAGUGUCAUGGAAGAGUUCGGUGCCAAUGAGAUUGUGGCGACACUUGGACUCUCGCUGUUUGUUCUUGGUUACAGCCUUGGCCCCAUGCUCUUUUCGCCCAUGUCUGAAACGCCACAGAUUGGUCGGAGCAGGAUUUACUUCUGGACCCUCUUCGCCUUUGUCUUGUUGGAACUGCCGACGGGUUAUGCCACAAACAUGGCCAUGCUGCUCGUCUUUCGAUUUCUGACGGGCUUCUUGGUGGUCCAGUUCUCGCAACCGGAGGGGCGACAAUCAUGGACAUGUACCCUCCAGUGGAGGUGCCUCAUGGGUCCUCUCAUCCGAGGCUUCGCUGCCCAGGCUAAAGGUUGGCGCUGGACUAUCUGGGAGCUGACCUGGCUUUGCGCUGCAGUCCUGACCAUGAUAUUCUUCUUGAUGCCCGAGACCAGCCAAGCCAACAUUCUCUACCGAAGGGCGAAGCGAUUGAGAGCUGUGACGGGUGAUUCGAGGCUGAAGAGCCAGUCAGAGAUCGAUGCCGAAGGAGUCACUGUCAAGGAUAAUCUCAUUGUCUUGGCAAGGGCUUUUACUCUGACGUUUUCCGAGCCGGUCGUAUUCUUUUUGGACCUUUAUUGCGCACUCAUAUACGGCAUUCUUUACCUUUGGUUUGAAUCAUUCCCAUUGGUAUUUGGGGACACCUAUGGGUUCAACAUUGGUCUUCAAGGGCUUGUCUUUCUCGGCAUUUUCGUUGGAGGAGUUCUCACCUUGCCCUGCUACCUAUACUAG